AUGGGUCUGGAUUUCAAGGAGCAGAUAGUCCAUCAUGCUGCAACCAUCUUCCUGAUCAGCUUCUCAUACUGUGCCAAUUACAUCCGCAUUGGGACGCUGGUGAUGGUGAUUCAUGAUGCCUCGGAUUGCUUCCUAGAGCCAACGAAGAUAUUCAAUUACAUGAAGUGGAAAAAAACUUGUGACAGCCUCUUUAUGAUCUUCUCAGCUGUUUUCCUGAUCAGCCGCCUGGUCGUUUACCCUUACACAGUGCUGUAUAACACCUACUAUUACUCCAUGGAGAUAUUCCAACCCUUCUUUGGAUACUACUUUGUGAAUACUCUCCUGAUAAUUCUGCAGCUGCUCCAUGUCUUCUGGUCCUGCCUAAUUAUUCACAUGGUCUACAAGUUCAUCCUCCAGGGCACGAUGGAGAAGGACAUGAGGAGCGACACAGAAGAAAGCGACAAGGAUGAAGAAAGAGAUAAAAUUAGGGAAAAGGAGAAGAACGGGACCACGCACUUCAGCAACGUGACCAGCAAUGGGUACAUCCAGAGGAACGGCUCUGAGCCCCCGAGCAGCAGAGCCCACCUCGCCAACGGCCACGUCAAGGACAGAUAGCUGAGGUGCACGUGCUGCUGGUCUGGCCUCCAGGGAACACAGGCCACCAUCUGUAGGAAAAGUUUUGCUCACUGUGUAGAUAAAAUGGAGUGCAAUUGCAGUAUCUUAGCUGAAUUUCUGCUUCCCUGUAAACAGAACUGUUUAUAGUCAGUGAUGCUUGAAGGAAGUUUUUGGUCUUCCUUCUGCAAAAACUUACUGUAGGUUGUAGCCUUGGAAAAGAUAGAAAGGGAUCAAAGUGGUUUGACUUGUAUUAGACUGUACCAUAGUUGUCAAAUGUUUUAAUCUUGAAAAAUAAUUUAAAAAGGUGGGUAAACUUUGUCAAGUUUUACCCACCUUAUGUUGUUUGAUAGGAAUCUGCUUAGCCUGGAUCAGCCUCUGGGGGCCUGGCCCAUCACCAGUAAUGAUUAUGCCCAACAAGUGUGAGACUCCAUAUCGUAACCCUGGGACACUUCUUUGGAAAAGACAAAGUGCCCUGUGACACUUGGAAAAUUAAAACUGAGCAUAAUGAAAUGAAAGCUCUGGAAAGACAUAGGAGGAAACAUGUUCAUCUCCAAGGAAGUACUCUGUCUGCCAGUGACCAGUUCUGUAAUGGUGUGGAUCUCAGUCCCUGUUUGGGGUCAGCAUUAUUGCCUCAGAGGUGGGAACUCCAAAGCCCAGGCCAGAGGAGCACCCACCCAAAUCAUAGUUGGAAGAGCUGGAAAAUCCAGGCAGCUGUUUCUCAACUGUCAAGUAAUCCUUUAAACUUUUCUCAGAAGGAAACAGUCAGGAGAAGGGAGGUGACAAGGAACUAUAUAACCUAGAAGACAACACUGAUGAAAGUGCUCAUGUUUUCACCUAGUGUGACUGGCACAGUGGGAAAUGUUUACACACUCAGCUUGUGGCAAGAAGGGAAUAUGUUUCCCCUGUCCUCAGAGCAAAAAGGAUCCAGAGAAAAUCUGCUGAACCUUAUGGAAUAAUGCUUUAACACAGCUUCUAACUCUAGGGCCUUUGCCAAGUGUAUCAAGAGCAGGAAGUGUAAAGCAGUGAUCCAUGAAGUCAUGAUGCAGUGCUGUUUUAGUUUGUUUAGAUGCCAUAUCUUGUAUCCUGGGUAGUCUUAGAUUCUGAAUUCUGCAAUCCCUUAAAACAUUUAAAUUAGUGUUACAUGAAUUUCUCUUUUAUAGGUCAAUUAAUCUAUGAAACCAAAGUAUUAACUGAUUCACUGUAAUGAGUGCAGGGACUUCAACUGCCAAGGCCAUGCAGACACUUCCCUCUAUGUGCCCAAUGUUCACUUGGGGGGAAUAGGACAUGGACCAAGGAGAUGCCUUAUUUGAGGAGGUGGUGCACAUGUUUAAAUUAAAAGGCAAGUGACAGCAUGGAAAGACAAGAGGGUUUUCAUCAAUCCACUCAGGCCACCUGAGAUGUGACUGAAAAAGAUUUGAUCUGAUGAGCUUGUUGUGCUCAUCUUUGGUUUCAGUCAAAACUCAUUUGGAGGAUUGGGUUUCUAAACUGGAAUUGGAUAAUUUCAGAGGGGAAAAAGUAGUUCCAGUACGGGUAAUUCCAGGGCAGUAACAUGGUGUGAGAGGAGAACAUCUGCUCCUGCAUUGUCAUUGAAAUCCGUAUUUGCUGAGGAUAGUUUGUCUCUGAAACCUGGAGCUAACUGAAGUUGGAAGCACACGUUUUGUAUGCUGUGAACUGGGUGACCUUGCCCCUCUGCAGGUGGUGUGCUCAGGAGGGAUGGAUAUAUAUCAUUUUGUACUACUGAAUGUAAACAUUCUUUAUAAAUAACUUUUAAAAGGU